UACUGGUAGCUACAACAAUUCAACCAAAGUCUAGUAAAAUCAACGAAUUGAUCCAAAUGCAAGUUGCAAUGUGUGAAAAGCAUGUACGUGAUUAUAUUUUAUUUGAGUUUAAUUUUGAUAUGUAAAGAUCUUUGCACUUCUAAUAAAUUUAAAGUCACUUUUGUUUGUCUUCAAGCAAACAAUACCUCCAAUGCAUGCAUUAAUUUUAAUAAUGCAAUGGACUUUGAAGUUAUUGCAAUCCCACACCAGAUGAUCCAGACCCUCUCGUUGAUACCAUGCAUGACAAUCUAUGAUUAGAUGAAAAUAUAAACAAUUUUAAUUAAAUUCUUUUAUGACAAUAUAAACUGGUAUCUCCGAGUGCUAGGUUUUAAAAACAACUUAUUUAUUUGUUCGUUUCUAGCUUUUGAGCUAUGGAUGGCCAUAUUAUAUCUACCAUGUGUUCUCUCUCUCUCCUCAACCUUUGCCUUAGUGGAUAGUAUUCAAAUUUGGCGUGCCGUGUUAUAGUCUAAAUCAGAAGAAGAUACAAACAGUUUCGUUAUACUGGGAUGACCUCACAAGUCAAAUUUAAGACAUUCAGUCCUUGUCCAAACAAUCACGGUUUUCUUCCUAAGUAACAUUAAUCACUGCUAAUGAUUUGACUUGCCUGCAAGUCAUUCAAUGCACUUUGUCACAAAUAGAGGGGCCAGGCCUUUGAAAUUAUUAGUGGAUGAAUGAACAUUAGUUCUAUAAGAAAGGCUUCACUCACACCAGAUUUUGUAUCAGCAAACUGCAAUUGAAUAUUCUACCAAAUUCCAAAAGUGAUGUUGUCCCUAAAGAUUAAUUUGACUAUAGUAAUAGUCCUUUCCAUUGUAUCCAUAGUUCCCAUGCUGAAACAAGCUUGGAUGUUGAAAUUCAAGCAUUGAAAGCUUUCAAGAACUCCAUUACUGCUGACCCAAAUGGGGCUCUUGCAGAUUGGCUUGACACUCACCACCACUGCAACUGGUCUGGCAUUGCAUGUGAUCCAUCUUCAAAUCAUGUCAUUUCAAUUUCCUUUGUUAGUCUUCAGCUCCAAGGGGAGAUUUCACCUUUCCUUGGAAACAUUCCUGGCCUUCAGGUUCUUGAUUUAACUUCAAGAAGAGCAUGUCUAUUAUUGCUUCACUUAGAAGAGCAUAUCUAUUAUUGCUUCACUUGGAUCACUUGCUAUACUACUAUUAUUAGUCUUGGUGAUUCUAAUUCUCAAUAGAGGUAUGAAACUCUGCAAUUCUAAAGAAAGGGAUAUUAGUGCGAAUCAUGGACCAGAAUACAGUUCAGCAUUGCCACUUAAAAGGUUCAAUCCAAAGGACUUGGAAAAUGCAACUGGUUUUUUCAGCUAUGACAGCAUCAUUGGUGCUAGUAGUUUGAGCACAGUUUACAAGGGUCAAAUGGAAGAUGACCAGUUUGUUGCCAUAAAAAGAUUGAAUUUGCAACAGUUCUCUGUAAAUACUGACAAGAUCUUCAAGAGGGAAGCCAAAAUCUUGUGCCAGAUGAGACAUAGGAAUUUGGUUAAGGUACUUGGAUAUGCCUGGGAGAGUGGGAAAAUGAAGGCUUUGGUUCUAGAGUACAUGGAGAAUGGGAAUUUGGAUGGCAUAAUACAUGACAAAGGGAAAGAUGAGUCUGUGAUCUCUAGGUGGACAUUAUCUGAAAGAGUCCGAGUUUUCAUUUCUAUUGCUAGUGCAUUGGAUUAUCUGCACUCUGGUUAUGAUUUUCCCAUUGUACACUGUGAGUUAAAGCCUUCUAACAUCCUUCUAGAUAGAGAUUGGGAAGCUCAUGUCAGUGACUUUGGGACAGCUCGAAUACUUGGCCUUCAUCUGCAGGAUGGUAGUACCCUUUCCUCAUCUGCAGCUUUGCAAGGCACAUUGGGCUAUAUGGCACCAGAAUUUGCCUACAUGAGGAAAGUAACCACUAAAGCAGAUGUGUUCAGCUUCGGUGUCAUAGUAAUGGAGUUUCUAACAAAAAGAAGGCCGACAGGACUCUAAAAAGAGGAUGGUUUGCCAAUCACUUUGCGUGAAGUAGUGACAAAAGCCCUUAAAAAUGGAAUAAAACAACUUGCCAAUAUUGUAGACCCUUUGUUUACCUGGGAUGUUGACCAUGACGAAGUGUUGCCAGAGCUCAUUAAGUUAUCAUUGUGCUGCACCCUCCCAGAUCCUGAACAUCGACCAAAUAUGAAUGAGGUGUUAUCUUCCCUUGUGAAGCUUCAAACAACACUGUCUUGAUAAUUGGUAAACACAACCGAUCACUCCUUGGAGCUGCUUUUUCUAAAGAAGAAAUAUCAAAUGCUUCCCAAUUGCCUCAUUACUAUUGUCUUUAACAACAGCAAAGCCUUAUUGUAUCCAAUAUCCAUGCUAGUUUUCCAAUAAAUGUACGGAAUUAUCAGCUUUCCUUCACAGCCAUUUAAUAUAAAAUUGAUUGUCCA